CCAAAAAGCAGAUUUUAUCCUAGUUUGUUGUGUAUUUCUCAAAAAAUUUGUCUUGACUCUUGAGAUAUGAAUUAGCUGUUAAUAUUUUGCCCAUUUUAUUCCACAACAAGGCUUCCUCUAACAUAGAGAGCGCCUUAUUCAUGAUCCUGUGACCAAGUAGUCAGUAAGGAAUAUGCUUUCUCCUCUAAACCGAACGAGUGAGACAAGGAGCCUAAGUUAUUGAGACGGCAGCGCUAGUAUUUUACGAGGACAUUACAAGGCACAAGCGAAGAUUAAAUUUGUUAAAGGCCAAUGAGAAAGGACAAAGCAUACAUUUCUUUUAUAAGUUUCAUUAAGAAGCCCCCUUUGAAGGAGGAGAUCAAACCUAGGCUGUCUCAAAUUGCUCAUUUUAGGGGUGAGAGGUGGUCAUCUCCAACGAUUAAAUGUCUACGCUGAGGCUGGGUGCCAAGGUAACCAUAAUCACAGGUGCUGCCAGCGGCAUCAGUGAGGCUGCUGCAAGGCUAUUUGUAAAAAACGGAGCCCGUGUUGUAAGUGUUGUAAUUGCCGACGUCCAAGACAAGCUCGGUCACGAUGUAGUAUCCUCCAUAGGUGAAAACCACUCUAGUUACAGACAUUGUGAUGUGACAGAUGAGAACCAAGUGAAAGAAACUAUAGAUUUCACUUUGUCUAAAUAUGGUGGCCUGGACAUAAUGUUUAGUAAUGCCGGGUUCCUCGGCCAGAUCAUGAGCAUCAUGGACAUGGACAUGGGUGAGCUAGAUACAAUAAUGGCCAUCAAUCUAAGGGGGGCAGCCUCCACGAUGAAGCAUGCAUCUCGAGCAAUGGUUGAGAGGGGUGUUCGUGGCUCGAUUAUAUGCACCACUAGUGUGUCGGAUUCUUUAGGAGGCCUUGCUCCUCACUCGUACACAGCAUCGAAGCAUGCAUUGUUGGGGCUCGUGCGCUCAGCCUCGAGUGAGCUCGGAAAACAUGGUAUUAGGGUAAAUUGUGUUUCCCCUUAUGGGGUGGCCACUUCCUUGGCUUGUGGCCUUACUGGUGUGAGUUCUGAUGAGAUGGAAGCAAUGACUAGUGCUGUAUCCAACCUGAAGGGGAUCAUCCUUAAGCCUAGGCACAUUGCUGAAGCGGCUAUUUUCCUUGCAUCGGAUGAGUCAGCUCUUGUCAGUGGGCAUAAUUUGGUUGUUGAUGGGGGAUUUUCUGUUGUAAAUCAUAGUUUUCCUCUAUUUAGGUGAUUUUUUUUUUGGCAAAUCAACGGGGAGAGGGCCUUGACCCUUGGUAAGAAUUGAGCCUAGGACGUAGCGUUUCAAAUCGUCAAAUACUAACCAAUUAAAC